GUACUGAUUGUAUACUGUAGUUUGAAAGUUUGACCGGAAGUCCAGUGUUUAGUAUGUGCAGUGACAAUAACGCUCGAGCGCCUCUAGAGAGCACGCUGUCUUAUUUUCAGUUUAAAUACUGGAGACGCUUUUCUCACAUAAAGCAGCCUGUACUGUAGACUUUUUAGUCGUAAUUUGGGGGAAUAAACAGGAUUCGCUAGCACCAAACUGUUGUCGACUGUCUCACAUUCAUUUGCGAUUAAAAUGGUUAUCAAGGUUUACAUAGCCUCCUCAACUGGCUCAGUCGCGGUAAAAAAGCAUCAGCAAGCAGUGAUUGGUUUUCUGGAGGCCAAUCGAAUUAGCUUCCAGGAAAUAGACAUCACCAUGCUGGAGGAUCAGAGGCUCUGGAUGUACCACAACAUCCCCAGAGACAAGUGGCCAGACAAAGGCAACCCACUGCCUCCACAGAUCUUCAAUGAGGAUUGCUACUGUGGGGACUAUGAAGACUUCUUCCAGUCAAAGGAGAACAACGCUGUGUUUGCAUUCCUUGGGCUCAGUUCCCAACCCUCAGUGAAAGAUUCUGAGUCAUAGAUCCAUCUGCUGGUAUGCGCCCAGGCAACCUUAAAAUAUGAGGACAAAAACUGCACCAUGUCCUGUGUUGCAUCACCUCCUAUCCCGUGAUCUUCCAUUCAUGAUGCUAGUAUUUUGCCAAACAUCAUCUGACCCCCUGCAUGUCCUCUCCUGACUUUAAAAACUCUUUAAAACAACAUUCCACCAUCACAUAAGUUUCCAAGAAGUGUCUUGAUUCUCAAGAGGCCACAGAGGCUUAAUCACAGAAGAGGAGGAUCAACUUUAUAAUGGAUGCAUUUGUGUUUCCUUUUCAUAUUUAACACACUGUGACAGCAAACACCGUCUCACAAUGCAGUAGCAUCAAUUCUUUGCAAACAUGUAGCAGCUUUUGCAUCAGCAGACCAUUUGGUUUGGGUCAGUUUGCAAUGCAGUGAAUGUAGAAGAAAUGAUCAGGUGCACUGCAAGUCACCUGAAUGCACACUUGAAUUGUGUGUAUGCAUGUCUUAUUGCGUGUGUAUCUGUCUCAGUCAGCAGCUGUUAAAGAAGGCUGUGUUAAAUGAGAGGGCUGCACUUAAUGC